AUGAACUUUUUCCCUCUUACAUGUAAAGUUGAUGUUCAAGUAGACCUUGAAGCUGAAUUGGAGGUGGAACGUGUAGUUAUGGUUGAAAGUGAUAGUGUUAGUGACUUUGAAAGUGAAAGUGAUGUGGAAGCUAACAUUGAAGUGGAAUCUGCAAGUGAUGUGGUACCUGAAAUGGAGGCUAACAUUGAAGUUCCCGAAGUUGAUGUGGAGGCUAACAUUGAAGUUCCUAAAGUUGAUGUGGAAGCUAACAUUGAAGUGCCUGAAGUGGAGGCUAACAUUGAAGUUCCUUUAGUUCAAGAUAACAUUGAAGAAGAGGUUCAAGAUGAAGUGGAACAUGGAAUUCAAGUUAACAUUCAAGAAGAGGUUCAAGAUGAUGUGGAAUAG